ACUCCUUUAAAACCCCUCUUACAAACAGAAGCUCCCUUUUCAGUAGAGGUCCGAUUCCCAAUUUAUCUCCCACCCAAAAAAAAAAAAAAAAAAAAAAACAGAAACAGAAACCCGAGAGCGAGAGAGGGAGAAGAGAGAGGAACUCCAUGUGCGAAACUGGAGAUACUUUCUUGCUCCUCCUUCUUCUUCCUUCGGUUCUGUCUCUUGUUCUUUUCUUGAUCCUCUUGAGAAGAACUCGACCCAGACUCAAUCUUCCUCCCGGGAAAUCCGGUUGGCCGUUUCUCGGCGAAACCAUCGGUUAUCUGAAACCUUACUCCGCCACUUCCCUCGGAGACUUCAUGCAACAUCAUGUCUCCAGGUACGGGAAGAUAUACAGAUCGAAUUUGUUCGGAGAGAGGACGAUCGUGUCGGCAGAUGCAGGGCUCAACAGAUUCAUAUUACAGAACGAAGGGAAACUGUUCGAGUGUAGCUAUCCUCGGAGUAUCGGAGGGAUUCUGGGGAAAUGGUCGAUGCUUGUUCUUGUCGGAGACAUGCACAGAGACAUGAGGAGUAUAUCGCUUAAUUUCAUGAGCCACGCCCGUCUCAGGACGCAUCUGAUGAAGGAGGUCGAGAGGCAUACGUUGUUCGUUCUCGACUCAUGGGAAGAAGACACUGUCUUCUCUGCUCAGGACGAGGCCAAGAAGUUUACGUUCAAUUUAAUGGCGAAGCAUAUAAUGAGUAUGGACCCAGGAGAAGAAGAAACAGAGCAGUUGAAGAAAGAGUACGUGACUUUCAUGAAAGGUGUCGUCUCUGCUCCUCUGAAUCUUCCGGGAACCGCUUACAGAAAAGCCCUGCAGUCGAGAUCGACGAUAUUGAAAUUCAUAGAGGGAAAGAUGGAAGAGAGGAAGGGGAAAAUGGAGGAGGAAGGAGGGGGGGAGGAGAAGGAGCAGAGAAUGGACGAUGAUCUUAUGGGAUGGGUGUUGAAGCAUUCGAAUCUGUCGACGGAGCAGAUUCUCGAUCUCAUACUCAGCCUGCUAUUCGCUGGACACGAGACAUCCUCUGUCGCCAUUGCUCUUUCCAUCUUCUUCUUGCAAGCUUGUCCUAAAGCCGUCCAACAGCUCAGGGAAGAGCAUAUUGAGAUCAAGAAGAAGAAGGAGAAGCUUGAGCUGGACUGGGAUGACUACAAGAAAAUGGAGUUUACUCAGUGUGUUAUAAACGAGACUCUUCGGCUUGGAAAUGUCGUGAGGUUUUUGCACCGUAAAGCUCUCAAAGACGUUCGGUACAAAGGAUACGAUAUCCCGAGUGGGUGGAAAGUGCUGCCGGUGAUCUCAGCCGUUCAUUUGGAUCCUUCUGUAUAUGAUCAGUCCCACCUCUUCAAUCCCUGGAGAUGGCAACAGCCAAUAAAGGGGACCAUGAAAUUAACGUGGUACCCAACUCUAUUGGAGAAUCUUGUCCGUCCGUUGGUUUCGAGAUUCGUUAUAUAGAACCCGUUGAAAAUUAAAAUAAAGGAAAGAGGAGAGGACGGUGUGGUACCACGGCCUGGACGACGUGGUGAUUGUCGCCAUACGGCGUACGUGUGUUGGAUUCUCCACCUGUGUCCGGUCCCACCCUCCUACCUCUUUAUUUAUACCCCAAAUAAGAUUUACAUUUAUCUUUAUCGCUAUUUUAAAUGGCUGUUUAAUUUCCGGAUAUUCAAAAUUUCACGGACUUUGUAACGUUUUUUUUUUCUCUGAAAUUGGAGGCAUUUUUAAGCGAAAUGAUUUUUUUUUCCUUCAAAUUGAGCAAUGAAAAUACAGAUGUAAAUCAUACUGUUGUUUUUA